GUCCAGGAAUAUUGUAGACAUGGCCGCCAUCGCUGUCGCUCGCGCAUACCAACACUCCUUUGAUACGAGGCCGAAUGCUACGCUUGCAGUCGCCGGAGGCGCGCUCACAGCGCUUGGAGACGUCGUCGCCCAGGUCACGCAAAAUAUCCGUGCGAGGCGGGAGUUACACCACACAAGACCACAGUACGACGCAAAACGGACGUUACGCUUCUUUAUCUUUGGGGCUGCGAUGAGUCCAUUUAUUGGCCGCUGGAACAAGUUUCUGGAAUGGAGAUUCCCUCUGCGGUCGGAAGGCGGGAAGAUUAGCAUGAGCUCACUGACGAAGCGGGUGGCCGCAGACCAGAUCAUUAUGGCGCCCAUAGGCCUCACAAUGUUCCUCGGCGGUAUGGGGAUCAUGGAGGGUCGCGACCUCAACCAUAUCAAGGGGAAGUUCCGUGACCUGUACAAAGAGGCCAUUAUCGCCAACUGGAAGGUCUGGCCUGCGGUGCAGAUCAUCAACUUCAGAUCCAUGCCCCUGCCAUAUAGAGUACCCUUUCAGCAGAGUUGCGGUGUGUUUUGGACACUGUAUCUGUCGUUGCUGAACUCGAGUGAAGAGUGCAAACAGGAACUGGAGGAUAACCUUCGCCGUACUUUGGAUUGAGGUGACGCUUCCGGUAGACGCUGGCAGUAGACUUGGGCUCUGGAUUUUUCAUUGCACUACUUAUUCAUACUUGCAUGGAUCCUACCUCUUGUCAUCUUCAUCCGCGGAAGGAAGGAGUGUUAUAGAGGAAGAGGAUGAUAUAUUGUAAUGUAUCUUUAGUUAUCUUAAUCGGUUGUACGAGGAUAGGGACUAAUAGUUUCAUCCGGAGGGGCAGGUUAGGGGUAGAUGCUCGACUUGCUUUACUCGGUUUGUAUUAGAAUGCAAUACCAUUUUGGUUGUCCC